CCGAACGAGGACUGGGGCGCUCGGAGAAGAGCGCUGACCUCCGCAAGCCGCAAAGCCCCUCAGCCUGCUCCGGGAGCACUGGCCUUGCGGAGUAGCGGGGCUGGAGGACUAGGCCCCGCCCGGGCGAGGGCGCUACAGGGUAUGCACCCAGUGUCCAGGGAGUGUGCAAAAUCUGUCAGAAGUGGCCCUUUAUUGUAAGCGGACACCACAGCUAAUGCUGCAUGCCCGCUGCUGCCUGAAUCAGAAGGGCAUCAUUUUGGGGCUGGAUCUCCAGAACUGUUCUCUGAAGGACCCUGGUCCAAACUUUCCUCAGGCACAUACUGCUGUCAUCAUAGACCUGCAGGCAAACCCCCUCAAGGAUGAGUUGGCCAAUGCCUUCCAUGGCUUUAUUCAGCUCCAGACUCUGAUACUGCCACAAGAUGUCAACUGUCCUGGAGGUAUUAAUGCCUGGAAUAAUGUCACUUUUUAUAUAAACAACCAAACCUGCCAAGGACAAAGGAACCUUUGCAACAGCACUGGGGACCCAGAAAUGUGUCCUGAGAAUGGAUCUUGUGCACCUGAUGGUCCAGGUCUCAUGCAAUGUAUUUGUGCUGAUGGCUUCCAUGGCUACAAGUGUAUGCGCCAGGGCUCGUUCUCACUGCUUGUGUUCUUUGGUAUUCUGGGAUCCACCACAUUAUCCAUCUCCAUCCUGCUUUGGGGGACCCAACGACGAAAAGCCAAGGCUUCAUGAACCACACAGGUCUUACUAUUGACCUAAAGAUCAUCCCCAUCUAUCUUAGCCCAGACAGGGAGAUUUGCUUUCUAGACAUCGUUGGUCGGCGGGUCCUCACAAGGCAGAAGCCACCUUUGGAAGGAAGAUGGAAACUCGCACAACUCGGGGGUGUUGUGGACACACCAGUCCUGGAGUGGACUAGUCACCAGGUCCCAUUUGUGCUGUUGACCAUAAUAAACAUUUUUUUUCUUC